AUGUACCUCUGGCUGGUGCUCGUCUUGGCAGCUGUUCUGCUGUGGGCCUGGAGGUCAACCAAGCGACCGGCCUGGAGUCCACAUGGGCCACCACUGGUUCCAUGGGUAGGAAAUCUGCUCUCCGUGGACUUGAAGCAUGCCCACCACACUUAUGCCGCAUGGGCCAAGAUGUACGGUGACAUCUAUUAUGUCAAGAUGGGCGUCCUGCACCAGGUUGUGAUCAGCGAUCCCGACUUGAUCCGAGAAGCCUUCAGCCGACCUGAGCUCAGCAGCCGACCCGACACUGAGUUCUUCAAGUUCGUAGUACGAGGAAAGGGGCUGAUUUCUUCCCAGGGUGAGCUGUGGCAGAAGUCAAAACUUCUCACGCUUCAUCACCUGCGCAACUUGGGCAUGGGAAAGUCCGAACUGGAGGAGUACAUGCACUAUCAGAUCACCAGUUACAUGGACGAGAUUCUGGCCCCGAAUUGCGGCUCUGAGCUUGCCUUUGACUCAUCUCUGAACGUCGCCGUGGUCAACAUCAUCUGGAAGCUGGUUGCGUCGGAGGAGCUGAGCUUCACCGACACCACGGUCCUGAACACUAUCAAUAAACUUUCAGAAGGUACUGACAUUGCCCUGCGCUUGGAAAUUCUUGAUGCCGUUCCAUGGCUAAGCAACGUGCUGGCAAGCUUUGUUUUCAACAGGGCAAAGGUCGAGAAGGAAUUUGACAAUUUACUGGAGGACGCAUUCAUGCCCUCGAUCAAACAACAUAGGGACGAUCUUGACGUGUCCAGUGAGCCUCGUGACUAUAUGGAGGCUAUGCUUCAAGAGCAGCGCAAGCGACCGGACCUGCUAACCGACUGGCACCUUGUCAUCUUGGUGAUGGACCUGUUUCUCGCCGGCAACGACACGACGGCUGCGACACUGCGCUGGGCAUUCUGCUUCCUGUGCAACCGUCCGGAGGUGCAGCGGCGUCUGCAGGCCGAGCUGGACGGCCAGGUGGGCCGGCAGCGGCUGCCGUCCCUCUCGGACAGGUCGCGUCUUCCGUACGUCGAGGCCGUGCUGCUGGAGACGCAGAGACUGGCCGACAUCACACCCCUGCUCGUGAUGCACCAGUCAAUGGCGCCUGUCGAUGUCGGCCGAUACCGGCUGCCAGCCGGCGUCCAGCGAGCGUCUGUUCCCGAGCCGCUGCAGUUCCGGCCCGAGCGUUUCCUGGACGCCGACGGCAAGUUCCAGCCGGACAAGAACGUCAUGCCGUUCUCAGUGGGCAAGAGACGCUGUCCUGCUGUGGGCCUGGAGGUCAACCAGGCGACCGGCCUGGAGUCCACACGACCGGACCUGCUGACCGACUGGCACCUGCUCAUCUCGGUGAUGGACCUGUUUCUCGCCGGCAACGACACGACAGCUACCACGCUGCGCUGGGCGUUCUGCUUCCUGUGCAGCCGCUCGGAGGUGCAGCGGCGUCUGCAGGCCGAGCUGGACGGCCAAGUGGGCCGGCAACGGCUGCCGUCCCUCUCGGACAGGUCGCGUCUUCCGUACGUCGAGGCCGUGCUGCUGGAGACGCAGCGACUGGCCGACAUCGCACCCCUGCUCCUGAUGCACCAGUCGAUGGCGCCUGUUGAUGUUGGACGAUACCGGCUGCCACCCGGCGUCCAGAUCAUCGCUAACGUGCACAGCGUACACCACAGCGAACGGCUGUUCCCCGAGCCGCUGCAGUUCCGCCCCGAGCGAUUCCUGGACGCUGACGGCAAGUUCCAGCCGGACAAGAACGUCAUGCCGUUCUCAGUGGGCAAGAGGCAGUGUAUGGGCGAGAGCAUGGCGCGAGCAGAGCUGUUUCUCUUCCUUACCUGUUUCGUGCAGGCCUUCACCUUCCACUGGCCAGAAGGAUUCACCCACGACUUGGGCGGAGACCCGGCAGGCUCCUUCCUUCGCAAUCCCAAACCAUACAAGCUCAUCCCGGAAAGGCGCUGAGGCGCAGGGACGUCGAGGGGCAGGGAAGCGGCUGCCCUCGCCAUCCCAAAAUUCGGGGCACACGCGCGCAAUUGUUUGUGCGCUAUGAUACAUUUGAUCCUUGCGCGCCACGAAGGGCUGCCACCCACACGUGGGAAAUUAGUGAAUCCGGGAAGACGUAUGAAAUGAUGCCCUUUCGUUUGAUUGCAUGGGGGGGACUUUUUCAACUUUCAGUGACCAACACUUUUAGCGCAAUGACUGUCCGUUACCAAAACUGAUUGCUUGCACUAACGCUGACGUUUUAGAUUCCCUACAACUUAGAUAAGCUGUUGGUGGGUGUUAUAUUUGAUACGCUGCGACGAUUAACACCAGUCCGCGCCGGCGAGAAUCUGAGCGACGUGCACAUGUGAAGAAUUUAAGCGGCAGGCCACCAUUUUUAUCCUUACGACACUUCAGAACAUAAAUGUGGGUCCGCUUAAUUUUGAGUUUGGUUUUGUUUUUUGAUAGGGAUGUCAACGCAAUAUUAUAUCUUAUUUUGUUUCCGAAGUGGCGUCACAGGGCAAAUCGUCCGAGCUUGCUGGCCC